AUUGUUCAGUGUUCUUUUUAAUUUUUAUUUUUUUCUCUCUCACAGUGUUGCCAAUUAUUCAUUUUUUAUGUGAAGUGACAAUAUAAGAAAACUGUAUAUUACUUGAGUUGUACAAAGAAACACCAAGCAGAGCUGGGCUCUCAAGAUGGGCGAUUCCAGGGCGUCAGUGCAGGUUCUGCUUGUCGGAAUCAUAUGCAUGUCGACCCUGGCCUCAGCAAGCGUAAGUCUGCUUUGUUGUUUUGUUUUCAGUUAAAGUAAAAAGAAAAAAGCAAAAAAAAAAAAAAGAAUCUGGUAAAAUCUUUUAAAUGAAUUAUUAAUAUGCUGUUAAAUAUAAUAUUAAUGUAAAUUUAUGUUACAGUCUAACACAACAUCAGGUAUAUCGACAUCUGAAGAAAGGACUGUUACCUCUCAAAGCAAUGGUUUCCAGGACACUUGCAAUUCAAAAAAUCUACGGGAUGCCAGUCACAUGAUAUCUGCUGCAGUGGACACACUGGCAGGGGAGCUAUCCUGUAAAAAGGGUAACAAUGCAAGCCUAACAGAAGACAAGUCCAAUGAGUUGGAACAAAACCUCCGGCAAAUUGUUCAGUUUACUUUAAAAGUCUUCAAUGGGUUGAGAACAAAUGAAUCUGGAUUCAGUGUCCUGGAUAUUUUUGGAGUCCUGUACAGCCUCAGACUGGGUAACCACAGUGACCCAAGAUUUGUCAGAUUGUGGUUCUCACUGAAGAUGGCUCCCCUUUUGCCCUAUGCCGAUGAGAACUUCCUGAUAGAACUGAGCAACCAGAACUUCAGCUGCACUUCUUUCCAAGAAUUGGUUGAAGGAAUGAGUGAAGAACUGACGACUUCUGACAAAAUAAAGGAAAAACUAAUCUACAGAAACUUCAUCCAAGUCUACCUGUCAAGACAAAACUCACCAGAACCUGGAUGCACAAACAAUGUGAAUGGAAGUGCAGUAUGGCUGCAAAAGAACUUUGGAGAUUUUUCAAAGAUUGCAACCCUUGAGGAACUCCAACAACUUAACGAUGAUUUCUCUGCAGCCGAAGUUUUGUCAGAGCUCUCUUCUUCUCAGCUGGCGCAGUACGUUCAGAGCUCGGGGGCCUCAAACGACACAGACCUAAUCGACAGAGUCUUUGAGGAACUCGAGGAUGGGAACGCUCUGGAAAAUGUGGAUGAAUUCCUAACAGAGCUGACAGCAAAUGGAGAGGUCCAUGAUUUCCAACCUGCUGUGAGGGAUCAUGUAAUGAAUAGGACCUUCCUCAUCAUCAGUCCACACCUUCCACACUUCAACAAAGAUGACUAUUAUGCCUGGUUCCAUGUGAAACUGGUUUCCAUCCUCGCUAGUUUCACUCCAGUGAUGCUUGAGAAGGCAACCUCAAAUGUAAACUGCACAAAUUACCAUGUCAUUGUGAGUGGGAUAGCCAAAGUCUUCCCUGCGAUGCCCUUGCAUAGAAAACAAGGACUCACAGAUGUUCUUCUGGGCUACCUGACAAAUUCAGCAAGUGUCAUCAACGAACCAGUUUGCAGGCAGGGAAUUGAGAGUGAUGCCGAAUGGGUUGAAGCAAACUUGGGUCCGUUCUCCCAGUUCACAACAUACUCUGAGCUCAAAGUCUUCAACCUCUCAGGAGUGGCAGUUGUGGACGUCCUCUCCCCACAGCAGAAGGCAGAGUUCGUCCUGGAUGCAGACAGCGGCGCUUUGCUGGAUGUGGAGGUUGUGAAGGCGGUGUUCACAAGCUUGACGGAAUCUGGUGGUGAAGAGCAGCUCAAUGACUUUUUCCAGGGUUUUACCAACAUCAUCAAGCAGAAAAACAUCACCAUCGUCGCAAAUCCAGCUGCACAGGACACCAUCUUGAACCUGACCUUGACAGCCCUUGCUCCUGCUUUUGAGGAUUUUGAGCCUGAAGACUUUCAGCUGUGGUUCCAGGUCUAUUUGGCUCCCGUGAUGGCGAGCCUUCGUCCUGACAGCUUGCGGGUGAUCCCAAGGAACAUCAGCUGCGCAUCCUACAGAGAAAUUCUCAGUGGCCUUCAGCAAAGUUUGAAAUUCCUGCCGCUGGCUGUUUCGCAUGGCGUCAGAUCAAGCAUAACGUCACUCAAAGAGACAUUCACAGGUUGCUCAGGACCAGAUUCCUUCGCGUGCAAGAAGACCACAGUUGACGAGAACCUCAUCUGUGCUGCAGUGGACAGCUCAAAACUCCAACAAACCCUGUCAAGUGACAAUUCUUCUACAGCUCUGUGCAAUUUCACCAUCACUGAACAUGCUUGCUCCUCGGCCACAAGUCUCACACACAGCAACUUGGUCACGCUUAUGAAGUGCUCACUGGAAAGCCAAAGGGUAUACCCAGUAGAAGUCUGGAAGCUUUUCUUCCAAAAGGCUUCUCCUGCACUGGACCAGGCUCUUGAGACGCUCGCCACCAUGGCGCCCCAAAACAGCAAUCUAGCCUUGUCAUCUGCUCUUGAGGCUCUUGGAGAGGUGAAAAUUGCCAACCUCAGCCGGGAACAACUGCAGAGUGAGAAUUUGAUCCAGAUUUCGCAACCCAUUCUGGCCGCACAACAUCUCCUAUUCACCAACUUGUGA